AUGACUUCAACACUGCAAGUGAAGCCUAAUGUCUCCUACCAAAGGAGAACUCGCUGGAGGGCUCGGCCAGCCAUCCAGCGGAUGCUCUUGCGAAUCCGCCAGCAAUGGACGAUGCUGGGCUUCUUUGAAAUCAAUGAGCAACAUGAGUUUUUUGCACUGACCUGUAUGCUCAAACAAGGGCUGAGGGCCUCCAUUCAGAUCACAAUUGACAACCCUGUAAGCAUGGAGUGCCAUAAUCAGUCCGAUUUUACCAGUGUGCUUAAGCAGAGCCACGAGGGUUACGAGAUGCGCACCUACGCGGCUCCGGUCUUCGCCCGUUUCCGGCAUUACCUUGGCAUGUCGGACACCGACUUCCAAAGGUCCUUGUCGUGCGAGAGCGCCUACCUGCAAUUCAUUAGUAACUCAAAAAGCAGCGCUGACUUCUUCCUCACGUUUGAUAAGCGGUAUUUCCUGAAGUCGCAACGGAAGCGCGAGAUCCGGUUCCUUCUCGCUAAAUUGCCCAAGUACCUUGACCACAUGGAGAGAUACCCACACUCCAUCCUUGUGAAGUUCCUGGGUGUGUACAGCAUCAUUGCACCCCAGGAGAAGAAGAAAUAUUUUAUCAUCAUGCAAAGUAUCUUCUACCCUCACGAGAAGAUCACCGAACGCUACGACAUCAAAGGGUGCCAAGUCGGACGCUGGACAGACCCCGCCCCAGAGGGCAGUGAGAUCAUUGUGGUUUUUAAGGACUGCAACUUUGAUAACAAGCUGAUCUGCCUUGAUCAAGGCCAGACUUGGUUGGUGCAACAAGUGAAGUUAGACACCCAGUUCCUCAAAGCUUUGGAUGUGAUUGACUACAGUCUCCUGGUGGGGCUGCAACCCCUGCAUGAUGAUGAACGGUUCCUGAACAAGACGCUGGCAGAUAUCAUAGCCAGGACGAGACUUGAAAGAGGCACACGCACACCAAUGGGCAAAAUCAGUGGCACGUGUCUGACCUUCCUUUUCCCUGCUACCAGGUCAGUCAGCUGUGACUACCCCCGCCGGAGCAUCGUCUCGGCGACGUUUGACUAUGGAGGGCCUUCCAACUCAUCUAUCAUCACCAUGUCCAGCUUGGAGCAGAUGUACAAACUGUCUCCAGAUUUUCUGUCUCCCUACCGGAAACCCAGCACUGACCCCUCCCCAGAGCAGUUGAUCAGAAGCGAGGGCUUCAUGUGGGACGUGCUAAGGCCGUACUUGUUGCAAAACAGCUGGGAUGACACAGGCUGCAUGUUGGGUGCCCCCUUGCUCUCUUCGAGCCUCUCGAAUUCUUCCUCUGAUUCGUUCAUCACGCAGCAUCGCCGGAUCCUGCCCGCUUCCAAAAACCCUUUACACACGAUCGACGGUCCGGAGUACCGCUAUUUUGUGGGUAUCAUCGACUUCUUCACAGUCUAUGGCUUCCGCAAGAAGCUGGAGUACCUGUGGAAGAGCAUCCGGUACCGGGGCCAGCAAUUCUCCACGGUUGAACCUUCCUGUUAUGCCCAGAGAUUUUGUCAGUGGGUGGAAGACCACACGGUGUGAACUGGAGAGGAGGGGCUGAGGCAGUUCCAGCUGGAAUUGGAAAACUUCCUCCACCCUUUCUCCAAAGUUUCCCCGGUCCCUGCAGAAAUAUGGAAUGAGGACUCAAGUUCCAACACAACAAGUAACCUCUUGAGCUUGUGCUGGUGACCUCUUGGCUACCAGGAGAUGGCCUCCGCCCGUGAAUUUCCCUGCCAUAUGCCACUUGGCAGAAAGGGUGGGGGACACAUUUCCACUAAGCAUGGAAGUUCCUUGGGGACAAUCUAGGCUGCAAAGCCACGACUUUGCAGACAUUGGGUUGACACCUCAACCCCCUGGACGUUGCAAUCGGUGGCAUUCUAUCUCUCAGACGCAGGGAGACUUACCCAGGGAGCCAGCAUCCGUCCUCUCCGCAACCACCAGUGUCCUCCUGCAACCGUGACUUUCCAGAUCAGUCGAUGGAAGUCAUUGUCCCAGCAUUUCCGAAAGGCAGCCGUGGGCAGCAUCCAUCUUGAUGCUCGGAAGGCCAGCCCAAUCCAGACACUGAGAAGCAGCAAUGUGGGGCAAUCAAGGCUCCCUCCUCAAACGAUUAGGCCGCCAGCCCAUUAAUGGCAAACAAGGGAGGAGACAUGCUUGGAUUUGGAAGAAUAAAGCCUCUCCAGAGACAGGACUGGACUUGUUCUUUAACACCCAGAAAAGGCCACCUUGGAAGUUCUUCAGAGAUGGGUCCGGCCCUUCGGAGACUGCUUCCCCAAUGAACUCACUGCCCCAGGGUAUCCAUCUGUCUCAGAAGGGGCCCAUGAGUGGUCUUGAUGCUGAAUGAUGGGGUGUCUUUGCCGAGGUGACUUUGGGGGAGGUCCUUGGCCAUUCCCCCAAUUUUACAUCAUGUCUUGAUUCUUC